CCUCCCUUUCCCAGCCCGGUAGCGGCGGCUCUGCUGCUGCCAUGGAGCCUGCCGGCCUGGAACUAAUCUUACGGGAGCUCCUUCUCCCGGAUACCAAACGCAUCCGUCAGGCCACAGAGCAGCUCCAGAUCGCCCUUCGCGACCCUGCCGCCUUGCCUGCCCUUUGCGACCUGCUGGCCUCAGCGUCAGACCCUCAGAUCCGCCAGUUCGCAGCUGUGCUGGUCCGUAGACGACUCAACACCCACUGGCGACGCCUAGCUGCAGAACAGCGUGAGAGCUUCAAGUCUCUGGUCCUAAUUGCCCUUCAGAGAGAGACAGAGCACUUUGUGAGCCUCAGCCUGGCCCAGCUCUCAGCUACCAUUUUCCGAAAAGAAGGCCUGGAGGCCUGGCCUCAGCUCAUGCAGCUUCUUCAGCACAGUACUCGAAGCCCCCAUAACUCUGAGAAAGAGAUGGGACUUUUGCUGCUAAGUGUGGUGGUGACUUCCCAGCCAAAGGCCUUCCAACCCCAUCAUCGGGAGCUUCUUCGGCUUUUAAAUGAGACUCUUGGAGAAGUGGGCUGUCCUGGGCUACUAUUCUACUCCCUGCGUACUCUAGCCACCAUGGCUCCAUACCUCAACAUAGAUGACAUGCCUCUUGCACGAAUGUUGGUGCCUAAGCUUAUUGUUGCUGUGAAGACUCUGAUCCCCAUAGAUGAGGCAAAGGCAUGUGAGGCCCUGGAGGCUCUGGAUGAACUGCUGGAGUCAGAGGUUCCCAUCAUCACUCCCCAUCUCUCUGAAGUCCUUACAUUCUGCCUAGAGGUAGCUAAAAACAUAGCCCUGGGUGAUGCAAUACGUGUACGUAUUCUCUGCUGCCUCACUUUCCUGGUCAAAGUUAAGAGCAAGGCCAUACUGAAGAACCGUCUGCUGCCUCCUUUGCUGCAAACUCUUUUCCCCAUUAUGGGUGCUGAGCCACCCCCAGGGCAGUUGGAUCCUGAAGACCAGGAUUCUGAAGAAGAAGAAUUGGAGAUUGGGCUGGUGGGGGAGACUCCCAAGCACUUUGCUGUACAGGUGGUGGACAUGCUGGCCCUACACCUUCCCCCUGAGAAGCUUUGUCCCCAAUUGAUGCCCAUGUUGGAAGAGGCCUUGCGGAGUGAGAACCCAUAUCAGCGCAAGGCUGGGCUCCUGGUGUUAGCUGUAUUGUCCGACGGAGCUGGUGACCAUAUCAGGCAGAGACUGCUGUCCCCACUGCUACAGAUCGUGUGCAAAGGCCUGCAGGACUCCUCACAAGUUGUGCGCAAUGCUGCACUCUUUGCCCUGGGCCAGUUCUCAGAGAAUCUGCAGCCCCAUAUCUGCAGCUAUUCAGGGGAGGUGAUGCCGAUGCUCCUCACCUACCUGAAGUCAGUGCCUGCAGGGCACACACACCACCUCGCCAAAGCCUGCUAUGCCCUGGAGAACUUCGUGGAGAACCUAGGGCCCAAAGUACAGCCCUACCUUCCAGAGCUUAUGGAGUGUAUGCUGCAGCCUCUGAGGAACCCCAGCAGUCCCCGGGCCAAGGAGCUGGCUGUGAGCGCCCUGGGGGCCAUUGCCACAGCUGCUCAGGCCUCCUUCCUGCCUUACUUCCCCAUGGUCAUGGAACAUCUUCGGGAAUUCCUGUUGACAGGCCAUGAAGACCUUCAGCCUGUGCGGAUCCAGAGUCUAGAGACUCUGGGGGUGCUGGUACGAGCAGUGGGAGAACCCAUGAGGCCCCUGGCUGAAGAAUGCUGUCAGUUGGGGCUGGGCUUAUGUGACCAGGUAGAUGACCCUGACUUGCGGCGCUGCACGUACAGCUUAUUGGCAGCUUUAUCAGGACUGAUGGGUGAGGGCCUGGCACCCUACCUGCCAAAAAUCACCACACUCAUGCUGUUGUCACUGCGUUCCACCGAAGGCAUUGUGCCUCAGUAUGAUGGAAGCAGUUCCUUUCUUUUGUUUGAUGAUGAGAGUGAUGAGGAAGAGGAAGAGGAGCUCAUGGAUGAGGAUGUAGAAGAGGAAGAUGACUCCGAGAUUUCAGGGUACAGUGUGGAGAAUGCCUUCUUCGAUGAGAAGGAAGACACGUGCACUGCACUGGGGGAGAUCUCUGUGAACACCAGUGUGGCCUUCCUUCCAUACAUGGAGAAUGUCUUUGAAGAAGUAGUGAAACUUCUGGAGUGUCCUCACCUCAACGUGCGGAAGGCAGCCCACGAGGCCCUGGGUCAGUUCUGCUGUGCACUUCACAAGGCCUGUCAGAGCUGCCCUUCAGAACCCAACAAUACUGCUCUGCAGGCUGCCCUGGCCAGGGUGAUACCAUCCUACAUGAAGGCAGUGAAAGGAGAACGAGAGCGCCAGGUGGUGAUGGCUGUGCUAGAGGCCCUCACAGGGGUGCUGCGCAACUGUGGGUCCCUCACACUGCAGCCCUCUGGGCGCCUUGCUGAGCUCUGCAGCCUGCUCAAGGCUGUGCUGCAGAGGAAGACAGCCUGUCAAGACACAGAUGAUGAUGAAGAAGACGAUGAUCAGGCUGAAUACGAUGCCAUGCUGCUAGAGCAUGCUGGAGAGGCCAUUCCUGCCCUGGCAGCUGCAGCUGGGGGAGAUGCCUUCGCUCCUUUCUUUGCUGGCUUCUUGCCGUUGUUGCUAUGUAAGACGAAACAGGGCUGCACAGUGGCAGAGAAGUCCUUUGCAGUGGGCACACUGGCAGAGUCCAUUCAGGGUCUGGGUGCUGCUUCAGCCCAGUUUGUAUCUCGACUGCUCCCAGCGCUGCUGAAUACUGCCCGAGAGGCAGACCCUGAGGUGCGGAGCAAUGCCAUUUUUGGGUUGGGUGUACUUGCAGAGCAUGGAGGUCGCGCUGCCCAAGACCAUUUCCCUAAACUCUUGGGCCUCCUGUUGCCCCUCCUGGCACGGGAGCGACAUGAUCGUGUCCGUGACAAUAUCUGUGGUGCUCUCGCCCGCCUGUUAAUGGCCAGUCCAACAAGGAAACCAGAGCCCCAGGUGCUGGCUGCCCUGCUUCAUGCCCUGCCACUGAGGGAAGACUUAGAAGAGUGGGUCACCAUAGGGCACCUCUUCAGCUUCCUGUACCAGAGCAGUCCUGACCAGGUAGUAGAUGUGGCCCCUGAGCUCUUGCGCAUCUGCAGCCUCGUCCUAUCAGACAACAAAUUCCCACCAGACACGAAGGCUGCACUGCUGCUGCUCCUGACGUUCCUGGCCAAACAGCACGCUGACAGUUUCUACACAGCUUUGGGCUCCCUGCCUGCUGACAAGGCUCAGGAGCUCCAGGCUGUGCUGGGUCUCACAUAGUCUACAGGCUGCAGCUGGGCCAGAGAAGCAGAACAUGCCACGGCCCUAAGACCACCUCAGCCAAAUUUCAACUCACGCCUUACCAAAGAUUCUGGGCCUCAUAUUCACUUGGACUCAACCCUACUUGCUGCCUUACAGGAGUGUUCUUGGACUGUAUGUAUUAUUACAGGUGGAGUCGUGACUUACUGUAAUAAAGACAGUUUGUUUUCUGCUUGGA